AUGGCCCCUCCAAACAAAUCCAAAACUGCUGCUGCUAAGCUCGAGGCUAUGAGGGCAAAGCGAUCUCGGUACUAUGCCAGGUGCCGUGAAUCUAUUCUCGCGAAAAGGAGGGAGAUAUACCACGCUGCCAAUGAUGAUCAUGACGAAUCAUUAGAGACAUUGGCCGACUGCAUCGCAGUAGUCAAAUACGCGAAGGACGACUUCAUGCAACAUAUUCAACAAUCUCCGCAAAUAUUCACAAUAGGCGUCUUCACUGAGUACACUAAAUCUUUCCCCGACGCUCCCGGAAGCCACGGAGAUAGAGAAAUUUUCCAGCGUGCCAUAUCAAGCAUCGAGGACUUCCUCACCAGGGCUACUCGAGGUCAAGACGGGAUCCUUCAACUAUGCGGGGUUUGUGAUGAGUGGCGCGCUGCAGACCAGGUUUGCCGGAGCAUGAAGGAUACCAUCGCCAUGGUGGAAGACAUCUACUGUCACGCAGUCCGCGAUGGAGAUGCCGAGUUAGCAGUCAUUCAUUUCCUUGGGGGGUUCCUGUACCAGAACUACAUCUAA